AUGUGGGAACCUUCGUUAUGGCGGCAAAGUACCUGCAUUGAGCUUGGACUCUCAUUGAUUGUUCUGUCAGCCUUGGUGAUGUGCGGAAUAAUUGUCAAAAACGCCCGGACCAAUACCAUCAAUCCCUACGGGUUUGGAAGCCUGAGGCGGAGUCGGUAUGCACGUAGUGAUACAUGCUGCCAUUUCGUCUUGCGGGGCAUCUGGGACACAAGUCCAAGAACCUUUAGGGGAAGACCUGAAGUCAGACGGGAGUGCACAAUCCCAGUUCUGGCGGGUCGGCUAAACUCCAGUGCAUUCAGCGGAGUUUUUGGGAUUACGCAGGAAACUGUGUGA